AUGGGCAAGAGAGGAAAGAGUCAGAAGAAAGUCGAUGGAAAGCCUAAUAAGAGAAAGCUCCGUGAUGAUAAUGGUGUCAUUGAAGAUGACAUGGACGACGAAAUUGAUGCAUUUCACAAACAAAGAGAUAUUGUUCCUCUGGACAUUAAUGAAGAGGCUGAGGAUUCUGAUGAAGAUAACGAGCAACCUGUCUUUGACUUUGAGAAUAUUAAUGAUGGCGACGAUGAUGACACCCAUGAUACCGGCUUUGCUGCAAAAACAAAAGUUUUAACGGCAAAGUUCGGUGGAGUUGAGGAUGAAAUGCAUGAUGAUGAUGAAGAGGAUGAGGAAGAUCAAAACCCUGUAUGGGGUGGAAGGAAGCAGCAAUAUUAUGAUGCUGAUAAUCGUGAUUUUGAGCAACAAUCAAGUGGCGAUGAGUCUGCGAAAGAGGAAGAGGCAGAAGUGCUGAGGCUGCAAAGAGAAAGGGCAAAAUCAGCAACGCGGGAUGACUUUGGGCUUGAAGAUAUUUGUCAAAAUGAGAGUGAUGCCGAAUUAACUUUUGAGGAAAUUUCACGUAAGGGAAAAAGUACAAAGAAGUCUCCAAUGGGAAUUGAAGUUUCAGAUGACAUGGGUACAGCUUAUGAGGAGGUGAAGAAAGACUUGAAUUCUUUGUCAAAGGAGGAGAAAAUGGAUGUUUUAUAUAGUUCCGCUCCAGAAUUAAUUGGGUUGUUGUCAGAGCUGAAUGAUGCACUUGAAGAGCUUCAAAGCAGAGUUAAUCCACUUUUAGGCAAGGUUAAAAAUGGGGAGGUCAUGUUGGAAGGAGGGAUGCGCUAUUUAGAGGUAAAGCAGCUUCUUCUGCUGGCCUAUUGUCAAGUCAUAACGUUCUACCUUCUUCUCAAGUCCGAAGGCCAACAAGUUCGUGAUCAUCCUGUACUUGCUCGCCUAAUAGAGAUCAAGAGUUUGUUGGAUAAGAUGAAGCAACUUGAUGGGAAUCUACCAUCCGACUUUGAGGAAAUUCUCAACAAAUAUAAUGGGAUGGAAGCAGUAGUGAAGUCGGUUAAAGAGACUGCUACUGAAGCAUCUGGUUCUCUUGCUGAGGGUUACAGUCGCCCACCUGCCUUUGCUGAGGCAGAAGAAGCAGCUGCGCCACAUGACAUUGCUGUGUUGGAAAAGGUGGAGUCUCUGAAGGAUAAUCAGAACAAGGUGGGAAAGCGCAAAUGUCAGAAUGAUGAAGUUGGUGUACAGAGCAUGAAAAUGUUGAAAGUAAGAGCUGCCCUUGAGGAAAAGUUGAAGCAAAAGGGUGUCUUCAGUUCCAUCACUCCAAAAACUGAUAAACCCCGGAAACUUCUAAAGCCAUUGAAUGGGAAGCUUGAAUCAUAUGAUGAUUUUGAUGAUGACGCCGUAAAUGCUGAAGGCGCCAUCCAUGGAUUGACCAAUGGGCAUGCAAGUAAGCUCUCCCAACUUGUUGGUGCUAAUCCAAAUAAGUCCAAGGUUGUCUCAGGUGAUGAUGAUUUACCUCAGAGAGAUGAUAUUGGGGAGAGGCGGAGAAAGCAUGAGCUCCGAGUACUGGCAGGAGCUGGAAUCAAGUCUGAUGGUGAUGCUGGAGAUGAAAAUGGCGCUAUUUCUGAUGAUGGAGAUGUUGAGAUGGAUGAUAGUGGAACUGGAGAUUCAGAAGAUGAAUUUUACGAACAAGUGAAAGAAAAACGAGCUGCAAAACUUGCUGCCAAAGCUCAGAUUUAUUCAAGGUCCUCUACAGUUCCAUCUUUGGUCGAAACUGAAUCUGUCGACGGGAAACGCCACAUUACUUAUCAGAUGGAGAAGAAUAGAGGACUUACUCGUGCUCGCAAGAAGCUGAUCAAGAAUCCAAGAAAGAAGUACAAGUUGAAGCACCAGAAAGCACAAGAGCGUAGAAAAGGACAGGUAAGAGAAGUCAAGAAGCCUAUUGGUCCCUAUGGCGGGGAGACCUCUGGAAUCAAUGCAGGAAUCAGCCGGAGCAUCAGAUUCAAGAACUAA